AUGAAACUAGAGAGAGCCUGCUCUAGUAUUUUUCUCCUGAGCAACUGUACUCAGGCCUUCGGGUUAAACCAGGUGCAGAGAAGGUUGAUCAACUCAAAGACGCCCCAACUGGAAUGGGCACCAUGCGGUAAUUUGGAGUUGGAGGAAUAUGAGAAGACCUUCCUUAAUAUUUCAGAAUGUGCUAAGCUACCCGUGCCUCUCGACUACCAGGACAAAUGUGGAGAAAAGAUUGAUCUAACACUUAUCAGAAUCAAAGCGACCGCACAGCCAUCCAAAGGUAGUGUGCUGCUGAAUCCAGGAGGGCCUGGUCUCUCCGGCAUACAAUUUGUUACCACUGCAGGAAAGCUUUACCAAGAAGUCCUUGGCGGAGAGUAUGACUUGGUGUCAUGGGAUCCUCGCGGAAGUGGCACUGGCCGGACGAUCCCAUUCACUUGUCAGAAGAGUGAAUCUACAAAAAGCCGUCGAGGGAUCAACUACCCGUUACCACAUGAUAUCCUACCGCAGCAAGAUUUAUGGGGAGAGGUCAAAGGAGGGAUGUCGGACGACUUCGGCAACUUUGCAAGUGACUGCGAAGCCAGCAUGCGGAAAUAUGGUUCACAUAUGGGAACGGUUACAGCAGCGAGAGAUAUGCUUUCCAUCGUUGACAGCCUCCAAGAGGGCGGGAGGCUCAAGUACUGGGGCGUGUCCUAUGGUGCGAUACUGGGCCAGUACUUUGCGGCCAUGUUCCCUGAUCGAUUUGACAGGAUGCUGCUUGAUAGCAUUCCCAGACUAGAUGACUACUUGAGCGGCACAUGGUUGACUCAAACACGGGACACCGAAGCCCUCCUCAAAGUUGUUUUUGACUACUGUGUUAAAGCUCCCCAUGGAUGUGCUCUUGCCACUCACAACGGCAAGGACACUACACCGGACAGCUUGAUGGAAUCAACAAAGAAGCUCUUUGAGGAGGCUGCAAAUGUCACAGUGCCAUUGGACGCCAAGGUGCCGGAAGCCAUCGACGUGCAACUUGGCCAGACGACUGUAGCCAGGAAGUUGAAAGAGUUAAUCCUCACAAACCUAUACUCUCCCGCCACCAUGGGGAAAAUCCCUGAAAUUCUCCAGGCGGCAUUUAAUGGCGAAUGGAAACGAAUCAUGGAAGAGCCCCAAACUGAUAUUUGGGGUCCGUGGAACUUGGGCAGGCACUCAACGUUUGCCAUCUCCUGCGGAGACUCACCAUACCGGGUCGAGUCGGUAGAUGAUCUCUAUCCUAUGGUUCAAACCAGCUUGGCUCAGAACUCCUUUGCCGACUUCUCAGCCAUCCGCCGCCUCGCCUGUACGAGAUGGCCCUUUAAAGCUUCGGAAAUGAUGGAUGCCAACAAGAUUUUGGAUGUGAAGACUUCCAAGCCAAUCCUCUUCACUAAUAUUCGAUACGACCCUGUCACUCCGCUUGUGGGUGCAUAUACAUCUGCUUCUCGAUUUAAAGGGAGCGGAUUUCUUCUCCAUGAUGGAGUUGGUCACGGUGUUAUGAACCACCCAUCUAAAUGCAUCAUUCAAGCUAUCAGAAGAUAUUUCGACGGCGGCACGCUUCCUCCGACGGGUACCAUUUGCAAGCCAGGAAUGAAAUAA